UCUGUCUUGGAGCAGGGCACAUCUCGUGGAGUGCAGCCAGGGUGGGCUGUCCUUUUUUCCUAGAACUAUUCAGCAGAGCAAACUUUAGAGGAAGGACUUUGACAAUGGGAAUUGUGACCGUGCCUAGAGAGUGUCAAGAAAGAAGCAGAGAUUAUCCAGCGGUAUAUCUGAAUAAAACAUUCAGUUGAGGUUGAACACUGGACUAAAGUGAAUGGACCCCUGCAGAGACUUCUUGUCUUUUGUGUGCCUGGGUUAAGACCAUUUGAUUUUUUUUUUACUUAUUUUUUUACUUACAUGAAGAUGACAGCACACCUGUAAGACGAAGCCUAUUUAACACGACAAGACUGGAACCUGAGAACAGCAAGCUACUACCACUUUUGCUCUCAUUUGGGUUGAGUCUCACAGCCACAUGACAGACAUUGUCAAAGCUGACACAUCUUCAUGGACCAUGACCGAGGUGAUCUAUGAAUCAGCUGGACUGAGCUUCAGAGCCAGAGUAGCAAUCACUUCAGUUUAUGUUGCACUUUUCCUCUUCGGGGUGUUGGGGAAUCUGGUUGCAGUGAGGGUAGUGUGGAUUUUGAAGCAGAGGACCUGUAUUAAGAAGAGUGUCGGUUACCACAUGCUAAGCCUGGCUUUAUCGGAUCUUCUUAUCCUGGUGGUUGGCAUACCUACUGAGCUGUACAGCAUAAUCUGGUAUCCUUUUCCUUGGCGUUUAGGUAGCCUGGGAUGUAAAGGUUUCUACUAUCUGUGGGAGACCUGCAGCUUCGCCACUAUCUUUAACAUCCUCGCUUUUAGCUUAGAGCGCUACUUGGUCACUUGCCACCCUCUAAGGGCAAAAAUCAUGUCCCGGUCACGCACCAAAAAGCUGGUUCUCGGAGUAUGGCUACUGUCACUGCUUUCUGGGAUUCCAACCCUAAUCUCUGUUGGCCUUGAAGAUGGAGUUAGCCCUUUCAGAGGUACUGAAGAGGACUCUCGACCUCCUGUACUUGUUUGCACCAACAUCUCUGCUCAGAAGAACACAUUCCAGGCCCUUGUCUGUACCUCAUUUGUUCUUUACAUCAUGGUCCUGUUAUGUGUAGCUUUCACCUGCUGGCAGAUCAUCCAAGCACUGCAAGGCUGUUCUAGUUCGGUAAUUGUCAAGUGCCACAACGGUUCUGUCCAUCAAUUGUCUAAAAUAAAGGAUACAGAUGGACUUGGGGCAAGGAGACAGAAUGCCAUGAUGCUGGGUUGCAUUGUCUUAGUGCUGGCAGUCUGCUGGCUGCCCUUCCAGUGCCGCCGCCUCAUGACAGCUCUCCGAUGGAAAGAGCAAUGGACGGAGCAAUACUACUUGUUGUAUAUCACGCUUCAGCCAAUCAGCAAUGGCUUCUACUACCUCAGCUCCAGCAUCAAUCCUCUCCUCUACAAUGUCACCUCCAGUCAGUUCCGAGCAGUCUUAUCCCAGUGGUUAUGGCGGAGCACCUGCAGGGAGACCACUAAUACCAGCCGAAGAAGCUCUCAGUGCAGUCUGGUUCUUCAAACAAGGCAUCGUACUUUUUCUGCACCGGCAAAACCAGAUUGUCCAAGCGUCUAUAGUGAAGGUUCACAAUGA